AUGCCGCAGGAUUUGAUGAAACAGGGCGGCGAGGAGGCUAGUCAUCAUGGGCAGCGCAGACGUCCACCUCCGCACAGGCAGGCCAGGCCCAGCGCUCCACCCGGAGGCCUGUCCGCCACACCCCGGCCUCAGGUGGGGAGCCAGGUGUCCCCGGCACACCAUGCAGGGGCGGGGUGCGGGACCCAGGGCGGACACCUGACUUCACCGUCGCCCCGGUCUAGGCUCCUGCCCGCUCGGCUACAGCCACCUGGACGGGAGAGCUGCAAGCCAGCCCAUUGCCGGGUGCGCAGGUCGGCGACAGCGCAGGGCCCCGCGCGCGGGGAGAGCGCGGUCCAGAGGGGCACACAGAACGCAUCGGGCUCCCGGCCUUGCCGCCAGAGGUCAGAUCUCGCGACGUCUCGCGUCACCGACGCGAUCCUGGACGGCGAGAGCCAGGGCUCAGGCUCGCAGGUGGUCCUGCCUGCUGCCCGCGGGGGACGUGCGGCCUGCAAACGGAGAAGCAUUGACAUCAUGAUGCAACUUCUGGCCCUCCAACUUUAUGUCCUGAGGUUGAGUGAGUUAGCAGAGUGGGCCUUGGAAUUCCCCGAAGCCAUUCUUCCACUGGGGCGUUAA